CGUUGUAAUAGUAGCCAUGUCGUGCUGAGUCAGGAGUGCCAACUCACACCGUGUCUACUAGGACGCUGCUUGCUGCCUCUCAUUAUUUCCUUUCAUACAGACACACACGAAAAAAAAAACAGCCUUCUACCGAAGAGCACGGUCCUGGUGUCAGGCUUUAUGGCUCAAACGGUGGCCCGAGUUCCGGAGAGACCGAUGCGUGGCAUUUUUUCGCGCAGUCUUUCUUUCACCGCAAGCGAACUUGUUUUCUUUUUUAGCGCAGUGCCAGGGGGUGCGUGGUGACCACUCGAUCCGGUCUCGUUUGUGCGUUUCCAUGCUGGCGUGCUCGCUGGAAGAUUGCGCACCGGACAGUCUUCGUAAAGCGAUCGUUUGAUGAAUGAAAGGGGGGCACGCCGAGAAGGCGAAAGUCGACCGGCUUCACUCUCGUGGAUCCGUGGAUUAGUCUGCUCGACCUUCAUUGCGGAAAAUCAUCUCUUCGAAGACUAAUGUGAAAUCGGACCGCUUUAAGUACGUGCUCGCCAAGCGUUAUCCGGAGAGCUGGAGUAACCAUGUCCAUUCACAUAGUGGCCCUGGGGAGUGAGUGUCCUGGAGGGGUGGGACCAGGGGAGGAAACUGCUGGUCCGGGGCAGUUACAGGGAGGGCUUCUGUGGAGCUACCUGGGCCAUGGAGCGCGAGAGCUGGACCCCACCUCUACUACUCCAUCCAGACAUCUCCUAAACCCAGCCUUUAUGGAGUACCAGUCUAGGGUGUUUGGAGAUGUGAGAGUGAUGGUGCAGGACUGCUCCAGCUGGGACUUGUUGGACAGUGACUGGGCAAGUGUGCGGAGUGUUCUGGAACAAGCUGAUAUAGUGGUCAUUAAGUAUUCGGUCAAUGACAAGCUGGCAUUCCAGCAGGUGCGAAAUGGCUAUGCCCCCCGACUCCGCCCACUCCUUCGUCACUGGGGCAUGCCCGUCAUCCUGGUAGCAGUGGGGGCACGGCUCAACGAUGACGGGCCCCCAUGCACAUGCCCUCUGUGCGCAUCUGAUUGGACCAGCUGUGUGCCCCAUGGCGACGGCCUGCAGCUGUCCCGGGACCUGGGGGCCACUUACCUAGAGCUGCCCUCACUCAACAACUUCUUCGUGGGUCGCUACUUUGGCAGCGUGCUUGAAUACUUCAUGAUUCAGUGUCUGAAGCAGAAAGCUAAAGAGAGACCUGACAAGAGGCGGGGACAAAGGUUUAACGAACCCCGCCCUCCCCACUUGGACCAGCCAGCACGUUUGCCCCCAGUAAGAGUGGAGGAGUCCAGCUUCUCCCAGGACCUGCAGUGGCUGCUGGAGCGAGGGGUGCAGUUCGCGGACGUGCUCUUCUACGCCGGCGACUCCGGGAAGGAGCUGGGUUGGGCGCACGCAGCCGUGCUCUGUGCCGGCAGCCCCUACUUCAGACAGCUGCUGGUGGGCAGGCAGGCGUGGGAGAGGCCUGUCUCCCGCUGCGCCUGCCGCGAGAGGGAUGGCCCCCACUCCCUCCUCUCCACCUGGGACGGCGUCUUGGACGACCUGCCCAGGCCAGACGGGCACCUACCUGGCCGCCUGUCCAGGCUGGUGGUGAAGGACCCGCUGCUGUGUUUGUGCCUGUGGGAGACACUGAUGUUUCUCUACAGAGGAGCCUGGGAAUGGGAGUAUCUGGAGGAGGCUAUAGCUGAGAAACUGAAGAACCCUUUAGCUGUAGCCCAGCUGAUGGACAGAAUACGCUCGUUCGUGGGGAGGGAAAAGGGCACCCGGGACACGCCCACUCCUCGCUCCCAGCAAGGCCCACAAACACUCAGCAACAUCUUCAAUUCCCCUCUCUACUCUGAUGUCAUUUUCAUGGUCCAAGGGAGUGUGCUGCCAGCACACAGAGCUGUGCUCGUGGCCCGCUGUGAUGUCAUGGCCGCAAUGUUCAGUGGGAAGUAUGCAGAGGCCCGGAGCCGGGUGGUGCCCAUCCACGGAGUCUCCUCCGACACUUUCCUCGCUUUCCUGGAGUACCUCUACACUGACACCUGCUGCCCAGCCAGUGUGUUGCAGGCUAUGGCCAUACUGGUGUGUGCAGAGAUGUACCAGGUGAAGCGGCUGCAGCACCUUUGUGAGGUGUGCGUGUGCGCAUACCUGCAGAGCAUGCCGAGCCGUGAGUUGGCCUCCACCAGCAUUAGUGUCAUACGCUUACUGAGGAGAGCAAAGUGCCACAAUGCUGACCAACUAUAUGUCUGGCUGCUUCACUUCAUUGCUAACAACUAUCUCAUCUUCAGCCACAAGCCCGACUUCCUGGAGCUAUCAGAGGAGGAGCGGGAGCAGGUGGAGCAUCUGCGGUGGCCAUCCCGGGGCUAUCUGCAGGAGCUCAGCGAGUACCAGCGACGCCGGAGGCAAGUGCGCAAGUCCCGCUGCAGCAUCAUGUGACCUCCCUCCGU